AUGGCGGACACUGCCUCGAAGCAUCGAGCUGAGUUUGCCUUUGCUCAGCUUGAGAACGAGAGAGCUCUGACAUCUCUUCGUGACGAGCUAAGGGUAGCUCGUGGGAUUGUUGAUCGGUCUCGGGAUCAGAUAGCUGCUCUUCAGACCCUUGUUGAUGCCCACCAUCGGGAGCACAAGGCUCUCUGCGAGAUGCUUGAGCGCAAGGGCGUUCUUCAUCGGAAGAAGCAGCGUACUGAUGGUACGGCUUAA